AUGUAUCUCCAGAAAAGGGACGGCAACAUGGGCUUCGACAUCGCCCCAGCUCUGAUCAUUUUCCUCGUCAUUCUCGGAGCAGGCGCGCUCGUUUGCUGUGGCUUUGCCGUCGCUAGAUUUAUGGGUGGAGAGCCUGAAGAUGAGUCAAGCCGUUUCCAUCGGACUCCAGAACAAGAUUCGUACAUGAGAGAAGUACGAGAACGAAGCUGGCGCAAGCUUCCGCAGCUUGGAUUGCCAAAACCCUACUACCAAUCGAAUGGUGGUAAUAUGGCUCACGCACCAAUGAGUCCAAGCGGAAGCAACACCACUUACGGAUGA